AUGGUAAAUCUCAAAAGAAAUCAAAACUCGUUAUCUCCUUCCUCCUUGAUAUCCCCUUUCUUCUUGAUAUCCUUAUAUCAACCCUCUUCAUUCUACCCGUUCUUUCUCACGGCAUACCUUUUGAUACCCUCUGCCACCUCCAAACUAUCCUCCAUCAGUACCCUUCUUCCUAGGAAAUCCCAUCAUCACAAAUACCAUCACAAAAUUCCAGAAUCACACUUCAAAGUAGUCUGCAACGUAGAGUGCUGGGCUGCUGCUGUGGUGGCCGGCAUUUUAAUACUAUUUUGCGUGAGUUGUGUGGUACACGAUUUUGUGGUAAAAAGGAAGAAUCAAAAGUUGAAUGUCAAUAAAAAGUUCUCAUCGGUUCCGGAUCGUGGUCGAAAUACACGUGAGAACCGAUUUUUUGGUAACGGUAGCAGUCGAAGACUAAGUGCCACAAGCCUAUAUGAGGGGAGACUAAAUUUAUCAAGUUUGAUGUUGGGGAAGGGUGGCGAGGUUGAAGGCGCAAGGGCUGCGAGGGAGAUGCAGAUGAAGGAGAUCAGGGAAGGAAGAAGGGAAAUGAAGGAGAAACGAAGACGCUGA